UUGGUAUUGUUAAUUGAAAGCGGAAAAUACGUGCGCAGUUGAAAAUUCAGGUCGACUUUCCUUGUCAGUUCGUUGAUAACAGAGGUCAGUUUUUUUAUUUUAUUGCGCAUUUUGCUGUCGUGGGUGUCAGUAUUUAAGCACUGGCGGACCCUGUCACGACAUUAUUCACUAUCGAAAUGUUGUUACUGCGUGAAGGUUCACUUCUUGGGCUGAUUUUGGUUUUUACCACUGGAGCCUAUGCCCGGUCCGCGAAAUCGAUUAAGGAGGUAUUUCCCGUCGUCCUGAUGGCCAGGGACGAAGAGGCCGCUCCACCUGAAGCUUCUGCUCCUCCUGAAUCCAGCACCCCUGACACACCCACAGACAGCAAUCAAGAAGGCAAGUAUUACGGCGGCUAUCCUGGCAUAGGGGGGUAUCCUGGAGCUGGAUUCCCACCAGGGAUAGGCGGAUAUCCACCUUUCGGCGGCGGCUUCCCUCCUGGAGGUGGAUUUGGUGGCUUUCCUGGUGCUGGCUUUCCUGGUGGCUUUCCCGGCGCCGGCUACCCUGGUGGUUUUCCUGGUAUCGGCUACCCUGGUGGAUUUCCCGGUGCCGGCUACCCUGGUGGAUUUCCAUUCCCAGGCCGCUUCCCCCCUUAUGGUGUGCCCUACAACCCCUACUGGGGCAGGAACCAACCAGGCCAACCGCAAGCCUCCACAGCUGAAGCUUCGCCCAGUAAUAAUGAGUGAAUACAAUUUAUGAAAGUCAAAAGUGUGUGUUUGUAUUUUAACAUUUUUAUUUCUACAGUGACAAUAAAUUAAUUACCCAUUUUA